UUUCCCCAUUUUCCCUUCUUUCGCUUCUCAUAUUGUUUACUUGUCUUAAUCUUUCUACUGCGCAGAACAUAACUCAAAUCAAAAGUGAUGAAUCCAUACUUCUUGCUUUGAAAUCCCACAUCACUUCAGAUCCUUUCAAUAUGUUGAAAAAUAAUUGGAGCAGUGGAACCUCGUUUUGCACGUGGAGAGGAGUUACUUGUGAUUCACGUCGUAGCAGGGUCACUAAAUUAAUUAUCUCUAAUAUGGGACUCGAAGGAAGCAUUCCACAGGAAAUUGGAAAUCUUUCUUCACUCGCUUAUCUUGAUAUGAGUGGAAACUCUUUUCAUGGCCGCCUACCAAAAGACAUUUGCUCGCAUAACAACCUUCAAAGACUCAAACUACUUAGCCUGAGGUGGAACAAAUUGGAGGGAGAUAUACCAUUGAGUUUGGGUCAAUGUACACAACUUGAGAGUAUUUACUUGUCAGACAACAACUUUGGUGGAAAUGUCCCUAGAGAAAUUGGGAACAUCACACAGCUUAAGGAAUUAUACCUUGAUCUGAACAAUUUGAAAGGUGGUAUACCGAAAGAGAUUGGUAAUCUUAAUAAUCUAGAGAUAUUAAGGAUGAGUGACAACAAUCUUAGUGGACCAUUUCCAAGACAAAUUUUGAACAUCACAAGUCUCCGUCAACUAGACCUCCGCAACGCCUCUUUAAAUGGCUGCUUACCAAAAGACAUUUGCUCGCAUAACAACCUUCAAAAACUCAAACUACUUUACCUAUCGGAGAACAAAUUGAAGGGAGAUAUACCAUUGAGUUUGGGUCAAUGUAAACAACUUGAGAGUAUUGACUUGUCAGACAACAACUUUGGUGGUAAUGUCCCUCGAGAAAUUGGGAACAUCACACAGCUUAAGGACUUAUACCUUAAUGGGAACAAUUUGAAAGGUGAUAUUCCGAAAGAGAUUGGUUAUCUUAAUUAUUUAGAGUUAUUGAGCAUGAGCGACAACAAUCUCAGUGGACGAUUACCAAGACAACUUUGGAAUGUCACGACUCUUCGUCAAUUAUACAUUGCCAACAUCUCUUUAACUGGUGGUAUUCCGAAAGAGAUUGUUUAUCUUAAUAAUUUAGAGAUUUUAGACAUGAGUGGCAACAAUCUUAGUGGACCAUUUCCAAGACAAAUCUUGAACAUCACAAGUCUCCGUCAACUAAACCUUGGUGGCGCCUCUUUAAAUGGUAUGUCUGCACUACUCUUUAAGCCAAAACUUUAGUGAAAGAGUUUGGUAUAUCGUAACUAACCAUGAGAAUUGGAAAAAAUACGUGAUACACAUUUAGUUUUAUGCGAUGAAUAUUAUAUUUCCCUCUCAAUCGAUUUUUGAAAAUUAUUGCAUCCAAGAAAAAUAAUUGAAAGCAAUUUUCCAUAUAGAAGAUGCAUGUCAUUGGGCUCCCCAAUAAUUUGUUUAUAGUUAAGAAAUUUAAUUAUUAUUUUUUCAUUACAUGAGCCUGAGAGAUCCGAUUACUUAUUGCAAGAUAUAGCACCGAAAAUCGAACAUACCAGCUUCA